AAUACACAUAGAAUUGCAUACUAUGCAGCUUCCUAAAAUCUCUUCAAUCUAGGCAAGGGGCGGUCUCUAAGGACGGCAAGACUCUGAACCGCCACCGCCUUGCCUUCCGCCCCGGCAACCGGGAGCGCGCGCUGUUAAGCGCCGGGGUGGGGGCGAGAAGGCAGGCGGGUACGCGCAGGCCGGGCCCGGUCGGCUUCUCUUCUCUGUUGCUGUCCGCCAUGGCGGCUGCAACGGCGGCCUCGCAACGGGACCCUUCUGGGGACUGGCAGGACUUUUCGGGCUUCCAGCCUUCCGCUGAGGAAAGUGGCAGUCCGGAGUCCUCCGCGGCUCGAGAGGGAGGCUCCCGGAGCAAUGAAGGCGACGGCAACGACCUGGCGGCCAAGCUACCGCUCUGCUUCCAGCCACCCCCACGGAGUUGUGGCGACGGAGAAGCCCAUAUCCCGCCGCGGCCUCUUAGCGAGCAGAGCGCCCUUCACGAAGAUGAGAUUUGGAAUGCUCUGACAGAUAAUUAUGGUAAUGUAAUGCCAGUUGACUGGAAGUCUUCUCACACAAGAAUACUGCACUUGCCAACGCUGAAUCUUUCUGAAAUGGGAGUUAAUGACAAUAUGAACCUUGACUUAUCAGAUGAUGAAGAGCUGAGAGAGCAACUAGAUAUGCAUUCUAUUAUAGUUUCCUGUAUCAAUGAAGAACCACUCUUCACAGCUGAGCAGGUGAUUGAAGAAAUAGAGGAAAUGAUGCAGGAAUCUCCAGAUCCAGAUGAUGAUGAAACACCAACCCAGUCAGAUCGUCUGUCCAUCCUGUCCCAGGAAAUUCAAACACUUAAGAGAUCUAGCACAAACCACAAUUAUGAAGAGCGAGUGAAAAAAUUAUCCGUUACGGAAUUAAAUGAUUUGUUAGAAGAGAUUGAGACAGCCAUCAAAGACUACUCUGAGGAGCUAGUCCAGCAGCUGGCACUACGAGAUGAACUGGAAUUUGAGAAGGAAGUGAAGAACAGCUUCAUUUCUGCCCUUAUUGAAGUACAAAACAAGCAAAGAGAACAGAAGGAAAUGACAAAGAAGAAAAAGAAGAUGAAAAAUGGCAGUCCUCAGAAUAGCAAGCAAGAAAGAGGCCAUAUGCCUGGAACACGGUUCAGCAUGGAAGGGAUCUCAAAUGUCAUUCAGAAUGGCUUCCGUCAAACGUUUGGAAACUCAGGUGGAGAAAAACAGUACCUGACAACAGUUAUUCCUUAUGAGAAGAAAAGCGGACCUCCAUCAGUUGAAGAUCUCCAGACAUUAACAAAAAUUCUUCAUGCCAUGAAAGAAGACAGUGAGAAAGUGCCAAGCUUAUUAACAGACUACAUUUUGAAGGCUGCUGUACACUGGGUCGAUAUCUUCAUCAAGCUAUCCACUACAAUCCUAAGGUCUCAUUCUUGGUCAGUUACUGCCAGUACAAACCCCUUGAGCAUAUAUAUGAACUUAGGUGUUGUAUUCAGCAUAGCACUAAUUUUAUGUCCUACAUGAAGAAAGCUGUGUCUGGUGAAAGACAGCUAUGCUAAUUCCUGUGAAAACAUGUUUUCCCUGGGUUGUUCUAAGCUUGUUUGGCACCGUGUUGAAUUCUAAUGUAUUUACUAUUUCCAUUGCCUGCUUGGACUUUUGAAUCCUGGAUUAAGUCCUCUGGAGUUUAUAGAACCCAUCCUUCUUCUUUUUCACCUAAGUGUGAUGUAUUUGAGCAGAGAACAGAUACUGUACAGUUUUAUUCAUAUGCAGUGUUUUGGCUUUUAAUUUUUUUUUAUAAUAUAUGGCAUAUAAUUAUCCUCCACAACAAUCUGAAUCUGUGGAGGAACAAUAAACUUUAGUUUAAAUAAAAGAAGCCUAUUAUGUUAAACUGAACUGAAAGAAAGAUUGCAAUAGGUUCUUGUAUUACAUGUGUAAAAUGGAUCUAAAGCUGAACUUGCACUGCAAAAAUCCCAUUUAAAUUCUUCACUGGAGACUAUAGAAUGGUGAUAGGAACUAGCACUGAUCUCUUUUUUUAACAAAAAAAGUAUGAAUAAAAACAGUAUUGUUGUG